AUGACUGAGUUAUCAUCUUCAUCGGGUUCUGCAUCGGAUGUAGAGCCUACCGAUCCCAGCAUGUACAUCAUACCUGGGCCGUACAGAUGGGAGGUCCUUCGUAAGAGGACGCAGCGUGCUCAUAUUUCACAGCGAGUGUGGAAUACGGAGCAUGUCAGAAAAAUAAAGACCAGGUGUGGGAAGCCAUCUGGGGGGCCACCUACCGGCGUUAUCCCAGAGGUAGUCGCAGACUACCUGACACAGAUCGAUGCCCCUUUAAUUAGUGCUCUGGUGGAGAGGUGGAGACCAGAGACACAUAUUUUCCACAUGACACAAGGUGAGAUGAUUAUCACCUUGCAAGAUGUGGCAGGCAUAUUGGGCUUGCCUACUGACGGGGACGUCGUCACCGGAUCCACCUCUGAGGAUUUGCCCGCUGCUUGUGGGGCUGUAUUUGGGGCGGUUCCACAGCCAAAUGAGUUCCAUAAUUCAGGCGACUUGCGUAUCUCAUACAUAGAUCGGUUAUAUACUCGGUGGACUGAUCAUUCUGGGGAUCAUGAUGUCGAGAUCUAUUUCAUAAAGGAGCACAUUGCCAGGAUGUUGGGUUCUUGGUUGCUGGCGGACAAGUCUGGAGGCAGCAAUUUCGGUUGUCGGCUAGUCCCGAUGCUUGGGGAGGAUUUCAUGAUAUUUGCCAAUACAGCUGGGGAUCUGCGGUUCUGUCACACCUUUUCAGGAAUUUGUGUGAAUUGA